AUGGAUCGCUUCAUCAGCAUCUUCCGCCACUUCCAAUCCAACUCGGAGUCGGUGAUGAACGGGAUUUGUGGGAUCCUGGCCUUGGCAAGUGUGCGGAUCUACAGCUCUUUUCAAUUUGUCUGUCCGUGUUUGCCCAUCUACAACACAAUCUAUGGGAUUGGGGUCAUGUUUAUACCACCCAUCAUCCUCUUCCUCUGCGGUGUUAUUGUCAACAAACACUCGCUGUUGAUGCUGGAGGAAUGGCUGCGGCCGGAGGGCCAGAGAACCAAGAACCCAACGUUACUGCGUUACAUGUUCCUCGCCGUGGUCCAGAGAGCCGCCAUUGCUCCUGUGGUCUGGCUGGUCGUUGCCUUGUUGGACGGCAAAUGCAUUCUCUGUGCUUUCAGUACCUCAGUGGAUCCUGGUCCAUUUGUCAACAUAAGCAGCUGGCCGAGAGAAGAUCUGCUGAUCCUUCUGUCCAAAGUGCCCUGCAAGGACCUCACAGCUGACCAGCUUCAACACAGCCCCAGCUUCCCCAGGAGAGCGGUUUACAGGUACCUCCGCUCGGUAUCCCAGGCUCUCGGCUGGACCAUCCUCCUGGUUCUGAUCCUGACUGCGUUCCUCUCUCGCUGCCUCAAGCCCUGUUCCAAAUACGCCACCCACCUGCAGAGUAGGUACUGGAGCAAUUACAUUGACAUCGAGCAGAAGGUGUUUGAAGAGGCUUGUUGUGAACACGCUCGAGGGUUUGCUCAUCACUAUGUCAUCCAGUUUUUCGACAGCAUGCGGGAUGGAUUCCAGACAGAUUGCCAUGCUAACCAUGUGAGGUGGGCUGAGGGAGACCCACUUCAUGGCAUCACAAACAAGGAGCAACUUGAUAACCUCCUGACCGAGUGGUUCAACACUAAACCCCCACUGAAUAUCAGGCCUGUCAAUCAGUACCGAGUGAAUACUGACCCAGGUACAAGCAGGAAUUCACCACAGCCGCAGCACCAACCCACAGCCCCACACAGAAUUGUCAAACACACUGUGCUAUAGGAGCACGUUUACCUCAGUCAUGCUGCCUCUCUGACCAGCUCCCUCAAAAAAGGAGCCUUUACCAGGCAACCAAACACCGAAAACAAACUCACUCCUUCCCCAAUGGAUCACUGUCCAGUAACUAUCACCUCCGCCGCUCCCUUCACACCACUGUAUGGCCACUCUCUUGUAGAUUAGUCUUCUGCACCAGUCACUCUCCUGCACUAGUCAUUCUCCCGCAUUGCUCACUCUCCUGCACUGAUCACUCUCCUGAACUGGUCACUCUCUUGAACUGGUCACUCUCCUGAACUGGUCACUCUCUUGAACUGGUCACUCUCCUGCACUGAUCACUCUCCUGAACUGGUCGCUCUCUUGAACCGGUCACUCUCCUGCACUGAUCACUCUCCUGAACUGGUCACUCUCCUGAACCGGUCACUCUCCUGCACUGAUCACUCUCCUGAAUUGGUCACUCUCUUAACUGGUCAUUCUCCUGCACUGGUCACUCUCCUGAACCCGUCACUCUCCUACUUUUCUUGAUGUAGGGCUUGUGCCCAAAAUGUUGAUUCUCCUGCUCCUCAGAUGCUGCCUGACCUGCUGUGCUUUUCCAGCAACACACUCUCGACUCUCCUGCACCAGUCACUCUCCUGUCUGUACUGGGGAGAGAGGCACACGCUGAUAAAUGAGAACUAGGAACGAACAUAGGGAAA